CCAUACAUUUAUCACAACAGCUGUUCGUUCCGUAUUUUUAUAGUUUGCCUACAUUUUAAUGAAUUAAAACUUUCAAUUAGAGGCCUCAAAUAAUAUAUUAAAUCGCAUAAUAGCUACCACUAUCUACCAACCACGAUGCCUUCCUACGAAUUAGCCUUGGUGCUGCGCCAGUUGCCUCGCCCCGAACUGAUUUCCGUGAUCAAGAGGACGGCAGAGUCCAUCCUGGAUAAGGGCGGCAUUAUCCGGAAACUGGAGAACCUGGGAACCCGUGCCCUGCCCCACAAAGUCAGUGAGCAUGGAGUGGUUCAUCGCGAGGGCACCCACUUCACCAUCGCCUUCGAUACGGCGCCCACGAGGAUUGCCGACUUGAAGGAGGAGUUUGGUCGUGACAUAGACAUCAUUCGACGCUACAUAUUCAAGGUGACGGAGCCCGAGGAAAAGCCCUGCACGCUGCACGACGAGAUGCUGCCGCCCGCCUACCGCAAGGAUGUCCAGGAAAUUAUCGCGGCCGCCCAGAAAAAGCAAAAGAAGAAGUACAACUACAACUCCGGUUUGGACUACUAUCCCUUCCAGAAGUAAACCCCGAAUAAAGCUGAAUAACUAUUUAAA